AUGUAUAGGUUUUUAGUAUUACAGUCUGCUUCGUUUUCACUUUAUUCUUCAAAUUACUUUGUUUUUUCUAGAUUUUUUGGAUUUCAUAGACUAGAUUUAUUUUUAUUGAGAAGUUUUACUGGUUCAUCUGUUUUUUUUAGAAAAAAGCUGGAUAGAAAAUGCAUGAUUUCUGAUUCUAUGGUAAAAGAAUCGUUUAAUGAGAAACGGGAUUCAUUUCAAUAUAAAGUUUUAUGUCGUGAUCUGGAAGCAGCUCUUCAAUUUUAUUCUGAAUUAAGUGAAACAGGUUGUCUUAGAGGUUAUGAUGUUUCAAAAUUGAUUGCACUGAUUGAUUAUCGUAUAAAAACAGCACAUGCGGAUACUGAUGAUUCUUAUGUAAAGUCACUUUUAUUACAUUUAGAAAAUGUAUUAAAUGAUGUUUAUUCUCAUCGUAUACCUGGCCAUCCAAUGAUAUGGGUAAAUGCAAUUAAUAUUUACAUUAAUUUAGGACUUUAUCAAGCGGGAAAGGAAGUGUGGGAAUAUGCAAAGUCAAAAUAUUUUCAUGAUCUGUCUUCUUUUGAUUCUCGAGUUUAUGGUUCUGCAAUUAAACUAUAUGCCUUUAUGGAUUCUCCUUUAGAUUGUGAAGCAUUGUUCCAGGAAGCUAUACAUGCUCAGAACAUGAAAGAGUCUUUGGAGUUGUAUGAAGGAAUUAUUAUGGCUCGUAUUCAGAAUAAUGAUAAAAAACGGGCUCUUGAAGCGUUAUAUGAAUGUUUAGAUAAAUUUAAAAAUAUUGUCAAGCCAAAAUUUUUUGAUUCUUUGAUUUAUUUUGCUACUAGUAGAGGAAUUCCUAAAUCUAUUGUUGAAAUUGUUUUUUAUUUUUUAGAUCUUAAUUAUUUACCAUCUCCUAAAGCACUUACUACAUUUUUUAAACAGUUAUGGAAAUAUGAACAGGAUUUAACGACUAUUUUGAAAAUAUUUACGAAACAUACUCAAGUAGCGAGUUGUAUUUAUGUAGAGCACAUUAAUUUUGUUUUACUUGCGUUAUUUAAAUUAACAAAUAAAAAUAAUCAAACCGAUAUAAAAAAUACGACUGAUAAGGUUAAUAAUCUUUUGGUACUAGCACACAAGGCAAAAAUUCCCCCUAAUGUUUCAACGUUUAAUACUCUUAUUUCUGGAUACGCAUUUUUGGAACAGUUUGAUCUUGUUGAAAAAGUAGUGCAAGAAAUGAAACGGCUUUCCAUCCCUGAAAACGAAAUUACUUUAAGAAUUCUUUUAAAAGCAUAUGGUAAAAAAGGAUGUAGUUUAGAAGAAAUAAAUUCUAUAUGGAAAAGAAUAGUUAAGUUAUCAUCGGGAAAUUCCGGAGAAAUUAUUCAGCAAAGGAACUGGUUAACGCUUUUGAAAACUUUGUCUCUUUAUGGAAAAGAGGGUGCUGAUUUUAUGGUUUCGCUUUUGGAAGAAUAUAGAUUACAAAUAGAAGAUACUGUUUUUAAGAUGAUAUGUCAAGAAAUUUCAUGUUUCAAUAAACAUUUUGAUGUUUAA